AUGGCGUCUGAUCCGGCGAGCCUCACAUGCGAGCAUUGCGGAGAUACGUUCCUGCGGAGAGAGCACUGGGACCGGCACCUGCGAAGGCAUUCUGGUGUCAAGCUAUUUCAGUGCGAGGUUUGCUCCAAGUCCUUCGCUCGGAGGGAUACCCUCAUGCGCCACAGUAGCAUUCACCACCACGGAGAUCAGACGCACGGCAUGCAGCGCCGCUGCGUCCAGGCCUGUCUUUCAUGUGCCCGACUCAAGCAGCGCUGUCGGGGUGGCUUGCCAUGUGCGCGCUGCCAGCGGGCCGGAAACAAGUGCCUGUACAGCCCGGGAAAGGCCACCAAUGUCACAUCUUUCUCCUCUCGAGCGAGCGAAACAACCGCGAUGCAUAUUGAUGCUGUGAUGAGCAGCUCGGUUCUAACUGAUCAACACCCCAACGAUGUCAAUAGUCAAUCAAACAUGCUUCAUGUGACGGAUAGGCAACCACUGGAGGCCACUGAGCAAGUUGCUUUGUAUCACGAUAACAGCAACCCGUCAAGCAGCUCUGCCAGUAACAGCCAGAUUCGCUUUUCAUUUUCUUCUACAGUGGCUACGCACCCAAUUACUGUGCCCGCUACAUUUACUCCUUCGUCGCUGGAUGACGAUACUACUUUCUAUACAUCCAAUCAAUGGAACCCCUCUUCGUCCCUCCAUGGAGACACAGUAAUGAACGAAUUCGCCGCCGGGUGGGACCCUAUGACAGCUUACAUUCCAUUCUGGCUGGUACCUGGGGGACUGGGAGAUGUCCUUGACACUCCUCCAUAUGCCAUUGGAAACCACAACCAGCAGUGCGGCCUUGGGACACAUAGCCACCCCCCAGACUAUCGCAUGCAGAGUCGAGGAAUACUUACGAAACUUCUAUGCGACGCAAUGCCAGGAUAG